GUGGUGUUUAAGUGCCUUGGACAGCUCUCCAGCACUGUCCUGGUCUUUCCAGCAGAUUUAGCAUCACCAUCUGGCAUCUCCUUGGACCACUGUGGGAUCAGGAAAAGCACUUCAGUCAGUGUGGAAGUUGAGAUGGAACAGAGGGUUGGUGGACUACUUCUGAGUCAGAUGGAAGAGGAGCCCACUGAAAACAAUAAAGAACAAAAAAGUGAGCUGGAUGUACAGAAGCUUGUAUCAGAAGAAGGGAUUUCUUCCUUGCAGAAUAAAUGUGAAAGUAUAUCUUUCAAAGGAGAAGGAUACGAAGCAGAAGACCUACAGGCCCUAAUUCAAUGUAUCCAGUGCUGGGCUAAUAAACUAUUUCCACAGCUAGUGUUUGAAGACUUUGUUACAAAUCUUGAAGAAAUGAAGGAACUCCCAGAAAUACAGACCUGCCUGAGAUCUUUACACCAAGAUUGCCCUUCCACUUGUGCCCAGGUGGACAAUAAUGAAUUUGUCAAGUCUGAAGAAGCAGCUAUCAUUGCAGAAUUCCUUCAUGCUGUUGAAAAUGGGUGCUUGAAAAGGAUGUGCUCCAUGGGUGAAGAUAAAAGAAAUCUUCCCUGAGACAGAAGGGAUCCUGCCCUUUAAUGCCAAAAUGGUCACAAUACUGGGAAAAGACAAAUUCUACCAUUAAUUAUUUUGAAGAAUAUUAAUAGUAUAACACACAGGGUAGCUCAUAUAUAGUUAAUGGUUCUCAUUACAAUGUCAAGUGACAUGUUUGUAUAACAGUUCUACAGUCUUUUAAAAGGUUGUGUAGAUUCUCUUGUGUUUUUGAUUCCCUAGGUUUGAACGCUAUCCAAAGUACGUUACUGUAUGUUUUGAUGUUUAAUGCUAGACUUUUUUCAGAAAAUGCUAAGAUUACAUUCUCUUUUCUCUUGUGAGCUUUUAAUGACAGAUGAGCUUUUUGACAGAAUGUUCGAAAUCAAAACUAUUAUAACAGUCCAAGAUGCCCUUUUUAAUAUCUGUGAACUGAUCAAUCUUGAAAUAAUAUAAAUUGACAUAUUAUUUACCAACAGAAAUAGUUACUUACUGCAAUAGACAUGUCCUUUCUAGAAAACAUCAAUUAAGUCCUGUCUUCGAAACAGGUUCUUAUAUGUCACCUCUCAUUUCCUUUUUAAAUCCAAGGAUUGUUCCUUUCACAUGCUCACAUAUUUAGUGGGGUUGCAGCUGAAAUUAAUUUCAGCUGUACAUUUUGAAAGACCCAACCACGAGGACUUGCACAGCAAGCUUUAAUGGGAACAUAGAAACAAACAUCUUCCUCUUGUUUGGAACUUUCUCUCUAAUAUGUGUUUCUUUAAAAUAAGAAGUAAUACAAUACAUCUGGUUGUCUACAUGUUUGAUUGAUCCUCUAGUCCACAAAUGCAGUGUGUUUAGGAAACUAUGUUAGGAGGUUUAAUAAUGUUCUUUUUGCAUUUUGGAAUGUAUUGUAACUACAAUAGAUUUUUAGUGAAGUGAAUAUUUUGCAAGUACUGUAGAUAGAAUAAAAGUGCUAAGAAACUUUAAAAGAUAUUUUAACUUUAUUAUUUAUAUUGAUUUGAAGUUUUGGUGAAACUCAGAAUCAAAAUCAUGUCUUAUGGUCCUACUGUUAAUGAAUUAAAUUAUGUGCAAAAUCAAUAGUCAUGCAGAAAGCAAAGAUAAUUGUAAUUUAAUGGUCUGUGUCAUGUUAGAUUAGCUUGCAGUUCAUUUUGGUGUAAACUAUUCAAAUAUGUUCUUUUUAAAUAUUUCCUGGAAUUUUGCAGAAAAAAAAACAUACCAAAACAAUAAUAAAUGAUGA